GUGGCUUUAGGUGCCGCAGCGGCGGUGUCACUGCGUCCGCCAAUUGGGAGACUCGGCGUUUGGCUCCCGGGAGGCGCGGGACGAGCCGCGCGGCCGGAUCUGGCGAGCGGAGGGUGAUUCGGCGCGCGUACCUCCGGGCCGCGCUGCCCGCGACGUUUUGGGAGGGGGUAGAGAACUGCUGUGACUUUUGAGGUCCGACUCCUUCCCGCCAGCCUCUCGACGCGCCAGCUCCGAGACAGGCCGGUGUGCCCUGAAGGCCCCGAAGGUUCUCGGCGCGGUUUGGGGGCUUGGAACGUGUCCGGGAGCCGGCGGCGCUGUGCGCGCUGGUGAGUUUGCCGGCGGGGUGGGGUGGACCCCGCGCGGGGGGCGGAGAGGACGUAGCGCUCGGCCCAGCGCCCGCCCCCUAGUGCUGCCCCCACUUUGAGAGUAAUUGAGACUUGAGCGUGACUGCGGAGCCUGGAGGAUGCGGGCGCCCCGAGCGGGCUUCCCCUCUGCCCGGCGCGAUGGAGCGGGUCGGUGAGCGGAACAAAGGCGCCCGCCCGGGGGAGCGGGUCCUCCGCUGAAGAGCGCGGGUGGCGCGCCGCGACGGCCGCCUGCGGGCCAGGGUGGAGGCUGUGCGGCCCCAGGCGCGGCGCGCUCCGCCGUGGGCGAGCGGCGAUCCCUGAGCCCGGCACCUGCGCGCCGCUCCGUGUGCGCCUCCCGGGCAGCCCCGCCUGCCGGCCUCGGAGUCCGCGGCGCCGGCGGCUGGAGGUCCAGAGGCGAACCACUUGCUGGUGCAGAAGAGAAACCCCCAAGUCCCUGGCCUUUCGCCGAGACGCCUGGAAGGGGCUGUGCGCCGUGGACUGAGCAGGCGUCUCGGGGAGCACUUCUGCAGAGCGAGGACUUCCAUGUGAGCGAUUCCGUUCUCCCCACCACCAACCCGACCUCCCAGCCGUCUCCACCGCCCGAACAUCCUUGAAGUGGGGCGGGCAGGGGCUUGGAUCCCUGCCGGCCGUCUGGUGUGUGAGGCUUGCACGGCCCCUGGCUGCCCCGCGCCUCGCCGGAGCCCGAGGGGGCGCGGGUCCGGGGCGAGGGCCGGCCGGGCUGUUUGAUGGCUUCACUGAGAAGAGUCAAAGUGUUGUUGGUGUUGAACUUGAUCGCGGUAGCCGGCUUCGUGCUCUUCCUGGCCAAGUGCCGGCCCAUAGCGGUGCGCAGCGGAGACGCCUUCCACGAGAUCCGGCCGCGCGCAGAGGUGGCCAACCUCAGCGCGCACAGCGCCAGCCCCAUCCAGGAUGCGGUCCUGAAGCGCCUGUCGCUGCUGGAGGACAUCGUGUACCGGCAGCUGAAUGGCUUAUCCAAAUCCCUUGGGCUCAUUGAAGGUUACGGUGGGCGGGGUAAAGGGGGCCUUCCGGCUACUCUUUCCCCUGCUGAAGAAGAAAAGGCUAAAGGACCCCAUGAGAAAUAUGGCUACAAUUCCUACCUCAGUGAAAAAAUUUCACUGGACCGUUCCAUUCCGGAUUAUCGUCCCACCAAGUGUAAGGAGCUCAAGUACUCCAAGGACCUGCCCCAGAUAUCCAUCAUAUUCAUCUUCGUGAACGAGGCCCUGUCGGUGAUCCUGCGGUCAGUGCACAGUGCCGUCAAUCACACGCCCACACACCUGCUGAAGGAAAUCAUUCUGGUGGAUGACAACAGUGACGAAGAGGAGCUGAAGGUCCCCCUGGAGGAGUAUGUCCACAAACGCUACCCCGGGCUGGUGAAGGUGGUGAGAAAUCAGAAGAGGGAAGGCCUGAUCCGCGCUCGCAUUGAAGGCUGGAAGGUGGCUACUGGGCAGGUCACUGGCUUCUUUGAUGCCCACGUGGAAUUCACAGCUGGCUGGGCUGAGCCGGUUCUAUCCCGCAUUCAGGAAAACCGGAAGCGUGUGAUCCUCCCCUCCAUUGACAACAUCAAACAGGACAACUUUGAGGUGCAGCGGUACGAGAACUCAGCCCACGGGUACAGCUGGGAGCUGUGGUGCAUGUACAUCAGCCCCCCAAAAGACUGGUGGGACGCCGGAGACCCUUCUCUCCCCAUCAGGACCCCAGCCAUGAUAGGCUGCUCGUUCGUGGUCAACAGGAAGUUCUUCGGUGAAAUCGGUCUUCUGGAUCCUGGCAUGGAUGUGUACGGAGGAGAAAAUAUUGAACUGGGAAUCAAGGUAUGGCUCUGUGGGGGCAGCAUGGAGGUCCUUCCUUGCUCACGGGUGGCCCACAUUGAGCGGAAGAAGAAGCCGUAUAAUAGCAACAUUGGCUUCUACACCAAGAGGAAUGCUCUUCGCGUUGCUGAGGUCUGGAUGGACGAUUACAAGUCUCAUGUGUACAUAGCGUGGAACCUGCCGCUGGAGAAUCCGGGAAUUGACAUUGGUGAUGUCUCCGAAAGAAGAGCAUUAAGGAAAAGUUUAAAGUGUAAGAAUUUCCAGUGGUACCUGGACCAUGUUUACCCGGAAAUGAGAAGAUACAAUAAUACCGUUGCUUACGGGGAGCUUCGCAACAACAAGGCAAAAGACGUCUGCUUGGACCAGGGACCGCUGGAGAACCACACAGCAAUAUUGUAUCCGUGCCAUGGCUGGGGACCACAGCUUGCCCGCUACACCAAGGAAGGCUUCCUGCACUUGGGUGCCCUGGGGACCACCACGCUCCUCCCUGACACCCGCUGCCUGGUGGACAACUCCAAGAGUCGGCUGCCCCAGCUCCUGGACUGCGACAAGGUCAAGAGCAGCCUGUACAAGCGCUGGAACUUCAUCCAGAACGGAGCUAUCAUGAACAAGGGCACGGGACGCUGCCUGGAGGUGGAGAACCGGGGCCUGGCUGGCAUCGACCUCAUCCUCCGCAGCUGCACAGGUCAGAGGUGGACCAUUAAGAACUCCAUCAAGUAGAGGGAGGGAGCUGGGGCACUGGAGCCCGGCCCCCAGGACAUGGCUGCUCCCUCCAACAUCUGGACCAGCCACCCUGGCGGACAGACAGCAAGGGGCCGGCAGGUGCUUGAUGGGCCCCCCAGGGCUUCUCCAGGGCAGCACAGGGACCCUGGAUGAAGACUCUGUCCCCCCUCAGGCAUUCAGCUGCCCACAAGUUUCCUGCACCCUGGAAAAGCCCCCCACCCUUUCUCUGGGAAACCGAGAGCUGUCUUCCGCAGCCUCUGAUGUGGACCUGGUACUGAGGAGCAAGACUGUCCAGUUCUCCUCCACAUCUCCCAUCCCAGAAUCAGGAUCUGGGACUGGCAGGGUCCCCUCCUGUGUCUCAUCUCUUGCAGCAGCAGCUGCUGAACUCCAGCCAUCAACACAGUGGAGGCAGCGGGGGCUUCAGCCAUGUCCUAGCUCCCCGCCCUAAAAGGAGGCAGUGAGGACCGGGCACUAUUUCCUCCGAGGUUACUUCUGCCCAGAUGACACCUGCCUGUUCAUGCCCCAAGGCAGCCACUGCCCCUAAUCCUUCCCACCAGGGUAGCUUUGGGCAUUGCAGCUCUGGACUUUUCUGGCCCCUCCUGAGAUGACCUGAUGGAGCUGAUGCUUUCUCUCCUAAUCACCUGGGCACUAGGCUCUUAUCAGUGUGCUUGGGCCAGCUCUCCUGCCUGUGUCUAGAGGAAGCCAGAGACAGAAAUAGGCUAAGCCUGCAGUAGAUUCUCAGCUGCGAGGGCCCCGCAGGAUGGAGCUGGGUCAAGGACCAGGGAGCCCUGACUCCCGGAGGCUGCCACCGGGGAGAAGCAGCGGUCCUCCAUCCAGAACCUAAGGGCUGAAGCAAAGGCUGCCAGGACCCUUGAAGAUGCUUUUGGCUCACCUCAUUUCACCCCACGCUCUGCUGGCUGGCAGAGGAGAAGGCAGUCGUUUCCUCUCUGAAGAGUAUUAAUUUUUUUUCGAUUGCCCUCUGGUUAGGGUGCACAUAUAAAUCAGUGUUAAUAUAUGAACGCGUGUGCAUGCACGAGCGUGUGUGUGCCUGCGUGCUGUGCGUGGCAGGGUGUGUGUGUGUGUGUGUCUGGCUGUGCGUUCCGGAGUGUGUGACGAUGCUGACCUAGCUGUGUGGCCUUGGGCUUGCUGCUUCAUUACUCGCCUGGAUGGGGACGAGGGAUGAGAAGGGUGUGGGUUUGGCCCCAUGUCACUGGCCGGAAGGAUGUGUCUCAGCUCUGCCCUGUGGGGUGCCCCCGAUGGGAGGCUGUCCCAUCUCCCAGUCCCCAUCUCUUUUUCCCCACACUGUCCCUGGCCAAGCCCUGCCCAAAGCUGAACCCUGUAGCUGCCCCCUUGCCCUGUGUGGGAUUCGCAGUGUCUCAUUUGGUGACAUCUUACUGGUGAUCAUCUCCUCACCCCAUCUCCCACCUCGUGGAAUAAAUACAUGUUAGCACUUCCCA